UAGAGAGACCAUACCUUGAAAAAAAAGACAUGAAAUCAGACGGAAUGUCUAUCUGUCAUGCCAGACACCUUCAGAUGCUUAGAGAAUUCCUGAAGCAGGUGCCCAGCUGGCGAAGUGUGUGUGUCCUCUGUUCCCUGUACUGCGUCCUGACCCUGCCAGAUGCCGGCGAGGCUGCCAAAGCACGCUGUGGGCGAGAACUAGUUGCUGACCUGGAGUUUGUGUGUGGAGACCGUGGCUUUUACAGAGGCAAACCUGGAGCAGUCCGUAGUGGCGGCCCCCGCUCUCGUGGGAAAGGGAUCGUAGAGCAGUGUUGUGUGCGUGGCUGUGACCUCCAGCAUUUGGAGUCGUAUUGUGCCAAACCCAAAAGACUGCAGCGUGACGUCCCUGCAUCUCUGCAACAGACUCCAGAAGAUCAGUUUUGGUUGGUGUUUCAGCAGCGAUAUCAGAAGCAUGCGGAGAUGGACCGAGAUGAGGACGCUGCUUCUCAAAGACUCAGAGAACGGACGCUUUACCGGUGGAACUCCAGAAAUUCAGUUUCACUAACCAACCAACCCUCCUCUACACAACAGCAACCUUCCACUGAGAGAAUGACAUCAGGACCAACAUUUCACCCCCACAUCAGAUAGUCCUGGCUCUUUUUUGACCUGUGUGGACCCUAUGAAUCACCUUCCUUCACUAAUAAAAGACACUUCUGUCCUGGCAGAUGUAUAAACUGAGCAAUAUGUAAGAGAAACUAGAGGACAGGAUGCCUAAGAUGCCCUAAAAUAGUGAAGAGCAGGGUGAACCUGAACUGUCACGGGCUGUACUAGUUCCAUUAAGCAUUUGCUGAAUACAAGAUGAAUUGUAUUUUUCCAUUCAGUUUUGUUUUCAGCUUCGCUCUGUCUGUGGGUAAACGAGUUCAAAGCAAGUUAAAGUUGAAUGCGUUUGAUGAGGGCUGAGGUAAGUCAUUUUGAAUGUAAAUGUGACUUUUUAUGAAAGAUAAGUGAUGUUAGUGAAUAUAUUUCAUGUUUAAUUUAAGAUUAGAGUUUUCUGGUACUUGUAAAAUAUGUAUCUAAAGCAGAUUUGUAUAGAAUUUUAAAUAAAAGAAAACUGUGAGGUUACCAUGCUGUUAAUUUUCUUUCUAAUGCCCUUCAUAUUCUGACAUACUCAGAACAGCUCUAUUUAAAACGAAUAAUAAAGACAGAUUCCUGAUCUUCUAGUGAGAACUCCUGAACGCUGCAUGUUUCCAAGAUUCUUUUUGGAUUAUUAGAUAUGUGACCUCUAAGGCAAAAACAUUAGUCUGUUUACGGGGAAUAAAUAAUAUCACCACAGCCUUGGUGUGUUAUCA